AGUCUGGGAAGACUUCUAGGAUUAUAAGCGGAUGGUACGGAACCUUAUUGUUUGAAUGUUACACAAAGUGGAGUUUGAUUAUAUAAUAGAGAUAAGAUAAGAAGCUUGAUAAGAUAAUUAUUUUUUGAAGGUUGACAAUCUUCGAAAUUUCUAAAUAGUUUCAUUCCACUUGCUCUAGACACUUUUUAAUGCGCCGACACAUUGAAUCAUGGCGCCAGAGAAUAAGGUAGGGAAGAAAGAUCCCAGAGCUUGGGAUGCUUUAACACCACCCCUUGCGGAAUGGAUUCUCGACGCCGUUGCGAGUAUGGGCUUUGCCCGGGCUACCCCAGUUCAAGCCAGUGUAUGGCCUCUUUUUGGAGGGGGGAAUAAAGAUGUGGUUGUAGAAGCUGUUACAGGUAGCGGAAAGACCCUUUCAUUCCUACUCCCUCUAGUCCACAGAAUUUUGCGACAAGACGAACCCACGAAACGGCAUCAUGUAGCCGCCAUAAUCGUCGCGCCCACGAAAGAACUCGCGGGACAGAUCCACGGCGCUUUGGCCUCACUUAUCGCUUUCCACCCCGAAUCCUCUGAUCUAAUACCCCAUCUUACGGGCGAAGAAAAGCGACCUGAGACGACUUCACCCGUAAUUGUCCCUCAGCUCCUCUCUGGAGGCAGCACCACUACACCCGCGCAAGACCUUAGCUUCUUCCUCCGCGCAUCGCCUAACGUCUUGAUAUCAACGCCCGGCCGACUAGUCGAAUUGCUCUCGUCUCCACAUGUGCACUGCCCGCAAUCCUCCUUUGAGGUUCUGAUCCUUGAUGAGGCGGAUCGACUCCUCGACCUAGGUUUUAAAGCGGAUCUACAGAAAAUCCUCUCGCGAUUACCGAAGCAAAGAAGGACGGGGCUUUUUAGCGCCAGCGUUAGUGAGGCGGUUGGUGAGAUUAUCAGAGUGGGUUUAAGGAAUCCUGUCAAGGUCGCGGUGAAAGUGAAGAGUCUGAAGACGGGGGGUAUCAUAGAAGAAAGGAGAACGCCAGCAAGUCUGCAGAUGAGCUACCUCGCAACUCCCGCCAGUCAUAAGUGGCCAAGCCUUGUUCAGCUUCUUGACAAACUUGACCCCCGACCGCAGAAAAGCAUUGUAUUUUUAUCGACGUGUGCCGCCGUCGACUACUUCUCACAUAUUUUACCCUCACUACUCCCAGAGGGCUUCGAUUUAGUAUCGCUUCAUGGCAAGUAUGAUGCCAAAGUGCGAGAAAAGAACUUUGCUAAAUUCCUCAAUGCCGCACAACCUUCUAUACUUCUCACUACCGAUGUCGCGGCGCGGGGUUUGGAUUUCCCACAAGUCGACCUUGUGGUUCAAAUUGACCCACCUUCAGACCCAAAGUCCUUCCUGCAUCGAUGCGGUCGCGCGGGGCGAGCCGGACGACGGGGCCUGAGCGUUGUGUUCCUCCAGCCCGCCGAAGCAGACUACAUCCCUUUUCUCGAAAUCCGCAAAACCCCAAUUACCCCCCUUGAACAACCCUCUAUCUCCAUCACCGACGACAAUGCGCAAUCCAUAACAGUAAAAAUCCGCGAUAUAAUCCGCAAAGACCGUGCGUUACACGACAAAGCACAGCGCGCAUUCGUCUCCUGGGUACGCAGCUACAGCAAGCAUGCCGCAAGUUCCAUUUUCCGGGUCGCGGAUUUAGACUGGACCGAUCUGGGGCAAGCAUGGGGUCUCCUACGCCUCCCCAAAAUGCCAGAAUUGAAAAACUUCAAAGGGGAUAAAUUCCUUAGUGUGGAAUUAGACUGGGAUACAUACGCAUAUGCCAAAAAAGACCGCGAAAAGCAGCGGCUGGUCGCGUUAGCGGAAGCGCGGGAGGCCGAUAAAAGCGGAAAAGCUCAUGAAGCUAGGGAGGAGAGAGAUGCCAAGCGAAAACGAAAUUCCGAGGCCUGGAGCGGAAAACACGAAAAGGAGGAACAGCGUGCCACGCGGCGCGAUAGGAAGAGGAGGAAGCGUGAGGUUGAGCGGAAGCAGGGACUUAACGAGGAAGACAGAGCUAAGGAGAUGGAUCUCGAGCGUCUGCUUGAGGAAGUUAGGAGGAAAAAUCGGGAGAAAUAUGAUGAUGCUGGUGGUGGUCAGAAGGAAGGGGCUACGGCUAUGGGUGGUGGUGAUGAGUUUGAAGGGUUCGAUUAGGGGUUGAAUAUAUAGGAAUGAAAGGCGAUUUGAUACCCGUUUCAAAAUAAUUCGCGAGUAAGCGUGAAAUGUGUUGUAUCGACAGUUGAUCAAUUUCUGGCAUAAACUCGAGUUUUCAUCAAUUCAACAUCAUAAUCACAUUAAACACGAUGUGAAAGCUACUAAUAACAUUAUACUAAGCCCUAAAAUAAGUUUCCAUGGGUAUGAGACUAGAGAAACACAAGAAGCAGAAAAGUGAAGCGCGACGACUUCGAAGCGAACGAUAGGGGUAUCAAUAGACGCCCUCCUCUUAACCCUGCGAUUUCCAUUUGUCCCUCCUCGAACUUCAAUCAAUCCGAAACAUGUAUUUCGUUUUUCGUUUUUCGGGG